CAUUUGGACUAUAGCGUCUCUUUCUCUCGAAGCAUUAAAAAUCUGUUCUCUAGGACUAAAUAAACACGGAAAAAUGGCGAACGGCGGGCUUAUGCCAACUGGCACGAUAUAGAACGGCAUCGUUAGAUGUCGUGUUUCUGGAAUCACCUCUAGCUUUGCUGAACUACUCAACUCUACAGCAAGAUAUGCAAACAUGUAAAAUUGCACUGUACGCAUAAUCGCAUGUGUUACGAUUUGGCAGACAGAGGUUCUACCUAUAUAUCGUGGUAACCUUUGCAUCGCGAAAGUCAUCGCUGCUGAAAUGAUCGACAACUUCCCUUUAAUAAACCCUGUUUCACCAUCACCCCACAUACAUUAAUCAUAUCAUAAACAUUCGAUCAUAUCUCUCCAGACCAUGACUCUGCUCACUUUCUUCUCAUUUCUUCGUCUUCUCCAUUUUCGAAAAACCACUCUUUCUGUGAUGCCCCUUACCAGUUGGCCUUUUUAACCGUUGGGUAUCGCGCGCUGUCACAACAUCAUCUACUGGAUAUUAACCGACUAGCUUCUUCCGGGUUAAACGCCACUGGAACGUGGUAUAACACCUAUCGAGAGCGCAUCUCCGGUCCUAAGCUUGUUAUGCGCUUGCAGUUUUGAAUCCGUCGAGUCCUCGUGCAGUGCAGUCGCUCCUUACCGCAAGAUGAAACUCAACAAAAACGAACACGACGAGGAGGAGCAGGCAUUUCUUUCCGAUGAGCGAAGCAGCGAGGAUGUCCCAAUCAAACCUUCCGAAAACAAGGCAUUCGGCUGGCGAUCUAUGUUCAAUCCGCGGCUACUUUUGGAGCUCUCAAUGGCUGCGACAAUUCUAGUGCUGAUAGUGUUGUGGCCGUCAACAAGAGGGACCAUUAGGAAAACUCCCGUGCCCAACUUUCCCAAAAAGAUCUACACCUUCCUCAACAAUCCCAAGUAUCUCCGCGAAGAAAUGUUCCUAAAUGAAACAUUGAAGCUCCAAACACUACACAAUUGGAUUGAGCUAAGUUCUGACUCUCGGGGAUACAUUAGUCUCCCUGACCAUAAAUCCUACGACCUUCCCACACCCUACACCAUUGCAAUCGACCGCCACACAGAUGGACCUGGAUUCAUGAUAACUGUUUUCCACCAACUCCACUGCCUUUCUUAUCUAGCCGAACAUUAUGGCAGAGGUAAUCUGACAGAAGAGGUGGCUCAUCAUUCGGUUCAUUGCUUCAGUUACUUACGCCAAGGACUAAUGUGCAACGCUGAUACGACAUUGGAGGGAAAGACGGAACAAGGGCCUGGCCAGGGCUCCGAACAUGAAUGCGUAGAUUACGACGCGGUUUUGGAAUGGGCGAAUAAGCAUUCGGCACUCAAGUGGCGAAAUGGCCUUAUGCCCGAAGAUUCAACGUUAUGA